AUGUGUAUGUCUUGUGUGUGGCCUCAUUUCAGACACAUCAGGAUAGGAAGCGAGUUUCAGGCCGAGAUCCCGGAGCUCCAGGAGCGCCCUACGGCCGAGACCGGUGAAUAUGGAGCUUCUCUGGUCUGGAAGCCAUCGGACGAUGUGUCGAGCAAUCCAGAAACACAGGAUAGAGUUACUGAGCUCUGCAAGAUGGCGUCCAGCGCGAUGCCAGGAGGGGGCACCAACCUGGAGCUCGCUCUGCACUGCCUGCACGAGGCCCAGGGCGACGUCCCGGUGGCCCUAGAGACCCUGUUACACGGAGGACCCCAGAAGCCGCUGACUCACCCUCUUGCCAACUAUCACUACGCAGGUUCAGACGUCUGGACCUCCCAGGAGAAGAUUCUGUUUAAUAAGGCAUUCCAGGCUCAUAAGAAGAACUUCCACUUGAUACACAAGAUGGUAAGGUGUAUGUGGGUGGGCUGGUGUAGACAAGGCCUCGACUCACACCACUGAGCCGAGCUAGAGCUGGAGGGCCUAUCGGGGUGACACGCUGUUCACACUGUAAACAGUUGGUAAUUUAAAAAAGCCACUGAUGUGAACAACUCCAGACAGUACAGGAAUGCCAUCACGUGCUCAAAGCCCUCCGCACCCAUCCCCGUCGUCCUACUUCUGAAUGAUGACCUCUGACUUUGGCUGGGCACCUCAGGCAUUU